UUGUUAUUUAUUUAUUUCCCCGGCUGCUUCUCUCCCUCCCUCCCCUCCCAUCCCUCCCUCCCCAGCCUCCCGUUGCGAUCCUCCGGAGCGGCUGCGGGAGCGGCGGGCGGCCGGGCCGGCAUGCAUCCAUCCCCGCCCGCGGCCGCGGCCGCUGCCCUAGCGGGAAUUACAGCCUCUCCCAGCCAGCUGCCAGCAUGAUUUCAUCUGCUGGAGGAUUUUUGCAUCUGAUCGCUUGAGAAGCAGCAAUCGGAGAUGGAUGUCUCUCUUUGCCCUACCAAGUGCACUUUCUGGAGGGUAUUUUUGCUCUGGAGCAUUUGGGGAGACUAUCUGCUUUCGGUGCUGGCUUGCCCUGCUAAUUGUCUUUGCAGCAAGACAGACAUCAAUUGCAACAAGCCGGAUGAUGGGAACCUCUUCCCUCUCUUGGAAGGGCAGGAUUCAGGCAGCAGCAAUGGCAACACGAGCAUCAAUAUCACGGACAUCUCAAGGAACAUCACUUCCAUACACAUAGAAAACUGGAAGAACUUGCAGACACUGAACGCCGUUGACAUGGAGCUGUACACAGGACUCCAGAGGCUGACAAUCAGGAACUCAGGACUACGAAACAUCCAGCCACGCGCCUUUGCCAAGAACCCUCACCUGCACUACAUAGACCUCUCCGGGAACCGCCUCACCACUCUGUCAUGGCAACUCUUCCAGACCCUGCGGCUCUUUGAACUGAGACUAGAGAGGAACCUUUUUAACUGCAGCUGUGACAUUCGCUGGAUCCAGCUCUGGCAGGAGAAGGGCGAGGCAAACCUGCAGCACCAGGGCCUCUACUGCAUGACCAUGGAUGCAACCAUCAUCCGUUUGCAGGACAUGAACAUCACCCAGUGUGACCUUCCUGAGAUCAGCGUGAGCCACGUGAACCUGACGGUGCGGGAAGGUGAGAACGCCGUCAUCACCUGUAACGGCUCGGGAUCGCCGCUGCCGGACGUCGACUGGACGGUGGCCGAACUCCACUCCAUCAACACCCACCAGACCAACCUCAACUGGACCAAUGUUCAUGCCAUCAAUUUGACCUUGGUGAACGUCACCAGUGAGGACAACGGGUUCCUGCUCACCUGCAUUGCCGAGAACGUGGUGGGGAUGAGCAAUGCCAGUGUGCUGCUCACCGUCUACUAUCCCCCUCGCAUCCUUACUCUGGAGGAGCCGGUGCGACACCUGGACCACUGCAUUGCGUUUGCAGUGCAAGGGAACCCAGUUCCCACCCUUCACUGGCUGCACAACGGCCAGGUGCUCCGGGAGACAGAGAUCAUCCGCGUGGAGUUAUACCAGCAAGGGGAAGUGUCUGAGGGUUGCCUGCUCUUCGACAACCCCACUCACUACAACAAUGGCAACUACACGAUUGUGGCCACCAACCAGCUGGGCUCAGCCAACCAAACUAUCAAAGGACACUUCCUUGAAAAACCCUUUCCAGAGAGUACAGACAACUUUGUCUCAAUCGGGGAUUAUGAAGUGAGUCCCACCCCACCGAUCACUGUGACCCACAAACCAGAAGAGGACACUUUUGGGGUUUCCAUAGCGGUUGGGCUGGCAGCUUUUGCUUGUGUCCUCUUGGUCGUCCUCUUUAUUAUGAUCAACAAGUAUGGCCGGCGGUCCAAGUUUGGGAUGAAAGGUCCCGUGGCAGUGAUCAGCGGAGAGGAGGAUUCAGCCAGUCCUCUCCACCACAUCAACCAUGGCAUCACGACACCCUCAUCCCUGGAUGCUGGCCCGGACACAGUGGUGAUCGGCAUGACCCGCAUUCCCGUCAUCGAGAACCCCCAGUACUUCCGACAAGGUCACAACUGCCACAAGCCAGACACGUAUGUCCAGCAUAUUAAGAGGAGAGACAUCGUUUUGAAGAGGGAGCUGGGAGAAGGUGCCUUUGGGAAGGUGUUCUUGGCCGAGUGUUACAACCUCAGCCCCACCAACGACAAAAUGCUGGUGGCAGUGAAGGCACUGAAAGACCCCACGUUGGCAGCCCGCAAGGAUUUCCAGCGGGAGGCAGAGCUGCUCACCAACCUGCAGCACGAGCACAUCGUAAAGUUCUACGGCGUGUGUGGGGACGGAGACCCGCUCAUCAUGGUCUUUGAGUACAUGAAGCACGGCGACCUGAACAAGUUCCUGAGGGCACAUGGCCCAGAUGCUAUGAUCCUCGUGGAUGGGCAGCCUCGACAAGCCAAAGGGGAGCUAGGGCUAUCCCAGAUGCUCCACAUCGCUAGCCAGAUCGCCUCUGGAAUGGUGUACCUUGCCUCCCAGCACUUUGUCCAUAGAGACCUGGCCACCAGAAACUGCUUGGUCGGAGCCAACCUGCUGGUGAAGAUUGGAGACUUUGGGAUGUCAAGAGAUGUCUACAGCACUGAUUACUACAGGGAAGGGCCGCGUCCGAAGGGCCAGUUCAGCGCAGCGUGGCAGCGACAGAGACUGGCACCGCCGGCAGCUGCAACAGUUGGAGGACACACCAUGCUGCCUAUCCGCUGGAUGCCUCCAGAGAGCAUCAUGUACAGGAAGUUCACAACAGAGAGUGACGUCUGGAGCUUCGGGGUGAUCCUCUGGGAGAUCUUCACGUAUGGGAAGCAGCCCUGGUUCCAGCUCUCAAACACAGAGGUAAUUGAGUGCAUUACCCAAGGUCGAGUUUUGGAAAGGCCUCGAGUCUGCCCCAAGGAGGUUUACGACAUCAUGUUGGGCUGCUGGCAGAGAGAACCUCAGCAACGGCUCAACAUCAAGGAGAUCUACAAGAUCCUUCAUGCUCUGGGCAAGGCCACACCAAUCUACCUGGACAUCCUUGGCUAGCAGUGGCCACUUGUUGGAAGUCCCUGCUCCUUCCUUCCAUCCUUCCUUCCCUCUCCCCCUCCCAAGUCCUUUGCCCCUCAGCUCCCAAGCAAACAUCUUCAUAUAAACUCAAGUGCCUGCUACACAUACAACACUGAAAAAAAACAAAAAAAGAAAAACAAAAAGCAAACCAACAAAAAUCCCAGAGAACAACAACCUGUAAGGCAGUUUGGCUUAUAUAUAUUUAUAGAUAUCUCUCUAUAUAUAACUUCUACACCAAUACAGAAAGAAGCUGCUGUUACAGAAAAUUGUAAGACUAUAAAAAAAAAAAAGAAACAAAAAAGGGAGAAAAAGUACUUAAAAAGAUAUAUAUAAUUAAAAAAAAAAAAGACAGAAAGAAAGGAGAAGGUAUCUUUCCCCCGAGCAAUGAAGCAGUGAAUUGUAACCCUGCUGUGAGUAUGGUUCGGGCUGCUGGGCAGGGCUCUAGACUGGCUAUGGCAGCAAUGCCAUCCUGGGUAGGAGCCCCAGGAAGAAAGCCUUGCCCUGGUUGUAUGAUAUGCACUGAAUGUGUGAAAUCAGUCGUCCCUUUUCGUCCUUGCCUCCCUCCCUCCUUUCCAGCCCACAGGUGAUGGGCGCAAAGCCAGGGCAGUGCCCCUGCGUGAACUCUCUUUUACCAACCCCUUCUAUCCCUUCCUCUCAGGCCCUCCCUGUCCCUCUCUGCCUUCCUGCCUUUUUCCUCCCUCCAACAUUUCAGGACAAUUUUUCUAAUUUGCUGAUUCUUAAAUGUAUAGACUCAAGGCUUUCGAACACACAGUCAAAGGAUUGUGACACCUACGGGUAAAACACACACCGGGAACCAGCUGCCCUCCCGCAGACUGCAAGUUUGCCUGGCCCAGCCCUCCCUCUGCCCCGUGCCAGCUGCUGCCAGUGCUGGGAGAGCAGCGGGACCAAAGCGGCUGCGCACAGGAGUUGGGUGGGGGGUCCUGGAGGCCCAGUCCUGACUCAUCCCCAACCCAUUCCAGUGUGUGAGACAGGAGUGCUGUUUGCCCAGUGCAUUCAGUGCAUCCAGCGCAGGCGAUCACUUUGGGAGGAACAACCUCACUCCUCCCCACCCUUCGUGGUUGCUAACAACCAUGGAGUUGUUCCCCCUCCCUCAGCUGUCUGCACCAAGGCCAAAUUGGUCCCUGGUGUGAACCUUUAGCGAGCAGAGUUGGAUCUCUGCUCCCCUUUCUAAGGCUACAGGAUACAGACAGCUGGGAACAUGCCUGGAACCCAGCUGGGCAUGUCUAUAGGGUCAGCAUAUGCCAGUGCUCUUCCUCCCUAUCCUCUUCCCUUCCCUGUUCCUGCCCCAUGCCUCAGUCCAAGCCUCAGGCACAAGCCAGCGGGGGGGACAGGGAGGGGGACAAGGCUUGUGAGAUGGCUGGGAACCUACCAACACCUGCCUGCAGCUCCCUUGCCAUUCUCCUCACGUCCCCAUCCCCUGAAAGGAUUGAUGCAUCUGCCUUUGAGCUGUUGUGAAAUGCAGAGGCUGAAGAAUAGCUCCACAGGCAGCCCCGGGAGGAGGGGGGAAGGAGGGGAAGGUGCCUUCAGGAGCAGACGGCUCAGCGGAUGGCCACAGCGGCCAGCCUUGCAUCUCAAUGAGGAGAAAGACCUGACAGGCAGCAACAGGGGGUGGUGGGGACAGCGAGGGAGAAACAGCAGCAUCCUCCCUACUGCCCAUCUCCCUGGAGCGGGAAACGAUCCCGACCUGGGGAAACACUGAGUCAGACAUUGCAUCCUGCCUGUCCAGACUGGGCCGAGAAUAUAAAACCUUUCUGGGUCUUUUUUUCAUGUGGCUAAUGGAGGACAAGGGGGAACCUCAGCUUGGCAGCUGCUCUCAGGAGGCAGGGAGCGGGUGGCACAGGCAUUGUCAAGGCAAUUUUGAGAAGGCGAUAACUGCCAGCACAAAAAUAGCCUGCUUGGACGUGGCACUUUCCUGGAAGGGAAUGCAGAUGGGGAAAAGGAGACGGAGAAGGGAUCUUGGCUCCUUCCCCAUGGCCAGAGCAGUAUUCAUGGCUAGGAUGAAAGGGGAGAUAGGUGACUCUGCUUAUGUCUUGCAUUGGAAAAGAAGAUUUUGCAUCCUUUCCUCAUUACCCAUGUUUCCUGGCAGUCUAUAACUCUCACCCAUGGCUCUUGCAUGACCUGACUUAUGGUUUUAGACAGAGGCAGGGGGUAUUGCUACAAGGACGAUUGUGGUGGCAACAGUGGCCAAGGGUAUAUUCUGUGCUUGUUUAAUGAGCAGUAGAAGCCUGAAGUGGGACAUGAUGGGAGGCAGUAACCAUGUGUGAGUAAGGACAUAACCUUCCUCUGCAUAUUAGAGAGAUCUGGACUAGUGGGACAGACUCAUGCCAGUGGAGGCUGGACAGAGUGCCACUAAACAGUGGCAGCAUCUCCAAAAGAAAACCCUUUCCCGGGGCUGCCUGUCUCUUACUCCAAGUGGCUUCUGGCUCUUGUGGCUCCCAGGCAAUACAUCAGAUUGUGCAAGGCCACAAUUUUAUCCACCCCUCUCUCUCGCUGUCAUGCUCUCAUUUCUUUUUUGGCCGAUGUCACAGGCUUUUACACUAUCAAAUCACCUACAGACACACUGUUCCAGGUGGAUGAGAUUCCCUUGUCACCAUUCUGCAUAGCAGCUACAUCCUCCCUUCCCUCUUUCCUCCUUCCCCUGCUCCCCAGCACCAUCACCUGUCCCUUCACCAUCUCUCUGUACAGUCACAGCAGCGAGGUGAGCUCAGGAGCCGGGCGUGACACCGAGCCUUGGUGCUGCAUGUUUAGGAAUAGCUGGUCUGUGAGGGAAGUUCAUGGGUCCCCAGAAGAUGUGAAGUGGCUCAGAUGUGAAGCCUGCCUGCUUUACUGCUAGCCCCACCAUGUGCAAUAACUGCCUUGGAAAAAGGUCCUUUUGUCAAGGUUAAUUGUGAACAAUUACUCAGAAGAGCUGGAUAAGCUGCAGUUCUGCGGUGUGACAUCUGCCCUGUUGCUGCUCUAGGCCCCUUGGCCUGUCAGUGCUGGAUGGAGGUUUCUUAAGGGGAAGGAGGAGAUGGUUUUGUGUUCAAAGACAUGAUGAAAAGUGCUGCCUCCCUUUUUGGCAUGACAGUUUUGGAUGGGAAGAGGGAAAGCAGCUGUGCUGCAUUCCUAAUGAACACUCUGAGACCUCAUUUCCAGAAGUACCUUUCCUGGACCAGAAGUGGAGCUGCCCAUCAGCAUGGGUGAUGCUGAUCUUCUCUGUAGGAAAAUGGGCUCUGGGGUGGCCCCACUGUGUGUGUGAGGGGAGGAAGAAGAGCAGAGUUUGGGGGAAACUCUCACAGAGUACCAACAUCUGAGUGUUUAGAGUCAAAGAGAAAUGAGUUCAUGCUUCGUCUCUAUUUCUAGGAGAGAUACUUCCCAAUGCCUUGCCUGUACUAAGAGCAGAGAGCUAUUCCUGCUGCCAGAGAACCUCAAUAAGUCUCACGCAGCUCUGGGGCAAGCCAGGCCUAAUUCCCAUCACAUCCAGCAGACAUUCCCACCACCCAGCCUCUUCCAUCUGCAGUUUUCUCAAGGGGCUUGUGACAGGGAGCUGGAAGGAACACUAGUCUGAAUACAGCUGAUAAGGGGCCAUGGGGUCUUCCCUGUUCCAGCUGUGCCCUGCUCCCCCAAAAUUAGAAUUGAUUGCACCAACUCAGUCACCCAAGGGUGUCAUUGCAAUGAUGCUUUCUUGGAGGUGAAGGUGCUAUAUUGGUGCAUGGUACGAAUGGAAAUUGUGUACAAGGGCUGCAAACUGUGGGGAGUAAAUGUGGCUCCAGCCCCAGGGCCUCAUCAGUGACCUGUCUUGUCUUCUCCAGCAGUUACUUGUCCUUCCACUCCAGUCUGUCAGGUUGCAAGACAAAAACUGAAAUGUAGCAAAGGGAAGACAUAAAAUGAUCAGUCAGACUGAAAGUCCAUCCUGUCUCCUGAAAACUUGCCCAUCUGGUCUUUUUAAAUGUUCCUCAAUGCACGUGUUUGGGGGAGAAAAAGUCUGAGCUGCAUCAUUUCAGACCUGUCCUUGGAUCUGGAGGGUGUUGAAUUGCAGACAGGUGACUCUGGAAACUGUGCUACACAGAAAAAUGUGGAAACUCUGGAAUGUCUUCAGAGAGGCUGCUUGCUUGGGAGACAUCAUUACCUUUGAGCUGUUUGCUUGUCCCCAGGAGUGGGUGGAACAAGGUGAGAAAAUAAGUGGGGAAAUAAAAGAGCCAAGAAAAGGGAAAGGCGAGUUUUAGAAGGCAAGUGAGUAUCUUGGGUUGGGAAAUCGAGACAGAUUUGGGGAGUGUGGUGUAGAAUUUUAAGUAGCACAGUGGGUACAAGCAAAACCAAAUGAAAAUAGCAAUGUGCUGGAGCUCCAGGAAAAGUUAGCUAUAACACUGGACAAAUACUGGUUUAAAAAGGAGGCAGAAACCAAUAAAAUCAAGGGACCAUUUGUGCAGGUGGAAAACCAAAUCACUAGGGUUUUUGCUUUUCUGGUUUUGUUUGUUUGUUUGUUUUUCCCUGCAAGAAAAUGCAACUAAAGAAGGUCUGAAAAGUUAUGCUUUUUCAGGGGCACAGACAGAAGUAUAACACUAUAUGAGCUGUUUCCUUUCACGUGAAAGGCUCUUAUUUCCCAGAACUCAAAUGUAUAGGUUUCCUUGAGUUCAGGAUAUGGGUUGAAGAAUGCAGACGUGGAUCACCACAACCCCCCAAACCCAGAGGUAGCUCUAAACACUUGAUCAGGUGGCAUUCAUGUGCCACUCUGUGUGGAGACAAUAUUGUGUUCAGGAUGUCAUCUUAAGAAGUUUUUUUAAUCUUUAUCAUUUCCUCCCUCCUCAGGAAGUAUCUACAUCUUUUCCUGUUCUGGCCAGGAUUCAGCUGAACUACUAAAGCCAUGGCUCAUACCCAAUGUUUUUUACAGCUCUAGGUGUUCUCUGGUUGUAAGUCAAUGAUGAGGAUAAGCAAGGGGAAUAAAUGAGAUCCUGGCUGUGAUAUCAUGCUGUGAUAGCUCCUCUGACAGCUGGAAAGCUCUGAGCAUCAACAGGGUUGGCUCUUUUGCUAUGGGACUCACAGGCACAGGCAUGUCUUGGCACAUCCCAAAAGGCUUGUUCUCCAUUCACAUGCAGUGGCUUUCUGAUGGAUGUUGAGAUCAUGGAGCCUUGUCACAACACUGCUGUCUCCAAAUGAAUACCAAAAAUAGAAAAAGAGACAUUUUCCCUCUCAGCACUGCAUUCCAGGAGUGCACAGACUUGCUUAGCUCUAAGGUACCUUCUCCACUUCUGCACCAAUGCGACUCUUGUGUCAGUACCCAUUUUAUAUUUAAGUAGGUGCUAAGUCCUAAAAGUUCUUUUCCCUUUCCCCCUCUCCUUGCAAGCAGGGAUAUUAAGUUUCAAGCCUGAAAAAAUAGGUGUUUUAAAAACAUCUGUUCUGGCUGGCAGUGUCAUAAAUGACACAGGCAGAGACGUCAGUCACUGCUCUGAGAGGAAUGCAGGAGCAUUCCAUCUCUCCUGUGCCUCUUAUUCCUUUCCAGUACACCACUGAGCCAUGAAACAGCUCCCUGAGAGAAGUGAUUGGACUCCUAUUGCUUGAAACUUUGAAAAACUGAACUGAGGAAAGAGAUCAGAGACCAAAGAGAAGGAAGGACAAAAUAUUCCAGCUUUCUUCAAGGGUUAAGUGAGCUGGUAGGUUGGUUUCAUCUCAAUGCCUUCAGUUUCUCACAGACUCAAUCUGACAGCUGUUUUCAGACUAAAGGAAUGACCAUGAGUUCCUUCUCCCUUCUGCUAGUCCCACAAUUUUAGCAUCUCUCCAAGGGGAAAGGAGGCACAAAAAAUCUAACCAUCGCUUCCUCACACUGUCAGGAGUCCUCCAUAGGAACUGAUCUGCCACCCAGCACAAGCGACUGAUCCCACAGCUGAAAACUGGAACAGUUGUUCUGAGGAAGAGUUUAACUUCUGAACUACUGGCUGCUUAGGACAAGGUCCCAGCAGGGAAGGACUGAAAUACCUCUAAAGAAAAUCACAGCUCUGGGAGGUCCAAAUGUCUUGCACGUUUUCUCUCGCUCUCUGCUCGCUUCCAGCUCCUCAGUCUUUGCUGCUUGAUACUCAGAUAGCUGAGUUUCUUCAUUCACUCCCUUUACAGAGCACAGAGAGCUGGUGGAGGUGUUUGAUUUUGACGUGGUAAGUGAGAUAAGAUUUCUCCCCCCAUGCCCUCUUCUUUUUCUCCCUGUACAGCUCCUGUCCUUGCAGUUCUCAGGACUUGACUAGGAGAGUUUUUAAAUGAAGUGAAAGUCUUAAUGUGAGGUGAAUCCCAAGACCACAAACAGUUUGGACUUCAAACAGUGAGAAAAUUGGCGCCGGAUGAUUCCGCACACAAAGCAGAAAACUUUCAUUUCCUGCAGGCAGGAUGGAAUUGACUGUUAUAUUAAGACUUCAGAAGGAGCACUGCCCCGGAGUAAUUUCACUGCUGUCAGGCAGUGUUGACAUCUAGAUUAACCUCUGUGCAGUGAAUUUUACAGCAAAGCUCAUUGUAAUGCAUGUGGGGUAUCUCCUGUAAAUCCCAGCUGAAGCCCACAGUGUCCCACCCUUCUGCACAGGAGGAAGGGUCGGGGAGCAGCCACUAUCAUUUUUGACCCCAGCAAAGCAUGACUCUAACCUCAUCCAGGCCAGUUCUGCUGAAACUGAUUUUCCACCAUGCUAAAGUGACAGUAGCUCCAGCCUAAUUUUUUUUUUUUAAUUCCCCAAAGAGGUUUACAUCACAAGGCUAAAAUUUUUGCUAGUGACAAACAGCUCCCUUCAGGUAUCCACCCAGCAACACAGUCCUAAUUAAAAGGCACUAGCUAACCGGUGGCAAUUAGCUGCUUGCACUGAUUAACACCAAGACAUAUAAUCCCCACACACAAUGCUCUGAUCAGAUGUGAUCUAGGACUAAAUGGCAGACAAACUCCCAGCUGAUGUGAGAUAGUGGCAUCCAAUCCUAUCCACCCGCCCACAGGCCACUAUCAACACUGUUUAUCAAACCAAAACUUCAUGAAUUAAAGAAGUUCACACAGUUAACUCAAUGCAAGUCAGAGGACAUUGCAAAAGAAGUCCCUUUGCACUUGAACUGAAUGCUCCUGUUGACAAGUUGGAAGCAUAGACCAGACCUCAAGUCCUUUUGUCUUUUAUGUAGGAGUAGGGGAAGGAGUGAAAUGUCCCAGGCAGGAGCACAGAAGCUUCUUCACAUUUAUGUGAGUAGAGAAGAUCCUCUCUGUGGUUAUUAAGAUGCAUCUCUGAGAUACACUUUGUGAAAAAAACACUAGCAUCUAAAACAAAAAAAAUUGAAGCAGAAGGGUAGGUUUCUUUCUUUGUGUGUUUUUGUCACACCUUCUUAUUCUCACACUUAUUUUCAUACUGUCAUUGCUCUGCAGGCAUUUGUAGGUGGUUCUAGACAAGAGACAGGCUAUCAGGUAUCGAACAGAUCCACCGCUAAUCCUAAGGGCAAAAUCUCAACAGGACUUCUAGAAACCUCUUUCAGAGCCCACCCAUCCUCUCACCCACAGCUUAGGUAGGCUUAGGACUGCCUAGAGGGGACAUGGCUGUAGUUUCCUUUCGUCUUCAGAAGGAGUUGUGGCAUUUCUGCAAUCUGACCCAACAGGAAGAUUCCUUCAAACUAACAUUUAUUACCCCCAAUCAUAAUACAGCUGAAAAGGCUAUCCAAGGUUAUAGAAAAGGUCAAGCACUUACUUUGGACUGGAAUUUGCUUUGGAAGAAAUUUGAUGGACCAAUUUAACCACCACAGCACAUCAAAACCUGGUGGCUUCAUUUAAAAAGUAAUCAGUAUUGUAUUUCACUUUAGACAUCCGUGCAUUAGUGUUCUGCAAAUAUGAUUUCCUCUUUGUUUGCAUUAUUGAUGCCAUAAAAUGUCAGACACAUUAAAGAAAAAAAAAAAGAGGCCAACCUUUGGGGUUUGGAAUGAUUCUGGCUGAAUUGCAGUUGGGUUACUUUUCUUUUUAUUUCCCAUGAUAGCGAUGCACUGUUACUCAUUCUGCUAUUGCUUUACAAAGAGUUCUCUGUAAGUGUAUUUAUUCAGCCAACCAUAUUUCAGGAAACACAUAACCUUGAUAUUUUUUACUGUGUGUGGCAGUGCUGUGUGUAUGUGUGUUGGGGAGAAGAAGGGAGGUGGAGCUUUUUACAAGAGCCCUCCCGUGUCUGGUAGUGUGUUGGCUUUGUGUAAUGCCGAGUACCUCCCUCCUGCUCAGGUGACUGGUUUGAUUUAACCUCAAGAACUGACUUUUGUUACCAGAAUUUGAGGUCUUCUGGUUUUGCACUGCCCAGAAUCUGUCAUCUGCUUUCACCAUUCAGCAGCCAUCUGCUAUCCACAGAGGUUCCUAGAUGUCUGUGCCACAGAGAUUACACAGCACUCGAGUCUCAGGCAUGUGAUAGAGGAGUUUUAGCACAUUCUGAUCCUGGACCAACAGCAAGUUUGCUGAUUUAGCUUGGUUCCCACCCAAGGUCUGACUACAGUUCCCAAGACAAAUAAUAUUAGCUGCUCAGUGCUUUUUCUCACAGACCAUUAAGAGCACAGGCCUUGGUGGCUGUACGCUCUCUGCCUCACCUCUCUAUAAUGAAUGCAGAUUCAUUUUUCAAUGUUCCUGUGAGCUUUUUGGGAGAACAUUCUUCCUCUUAAAAUCUAAAAAAAUUCUCAAGCAUUUUGUCUUCUUGAAAGUAAAAGUAAAAAAAUAAGGUGGAAAUAUCUCCCUGGAUAUAUAUUUCUGGUGGAAUAUUUUCAUCAGUGGUAAAAUUUCUUUUCAGCUUUUUCUUCCAGUGACAUCAAGACUUGGGUGCAGAGGAAGGAGAAUACAGUGGACCAGUCUAAGGAAGGGAUUCAACUAGGACCUAGACUGUAAAUUCAUCUGUUCACAUAGUUGGCCCUUGACAGCUUCAUAGAGAAAGAAAUCCCCAGCUUUUUGUGAGCAAAUUCCUGCCCAGCUGUCCUGUUCCUACUCCAGUUCUGAACAAUGACUUUGAGAUGGCCUUCAGAUCUCUUUAUCUUCACAAAUCCCUCUCAGAACUAUCCAAACAGCCCAAAGAAGUGAUGACAGGGGCUGAAUGGGUGUGUAAUUUGGUGUCUUUCUCUCACUUUUUCACCAGGGGCAAAGAUAGUGAAAGUAACAGAACAGAAAAAUUAUUUUUCCCAACAGGAGAGAUCCAUUUUCUUUUUAAACUCUGAUAUUUAAGAUGCCGUACAGCAGUACCUAUAAAUAUGCCUUGAAUUGUUGAAUGAGCACAAGGAGUAUAUUUGAUUUUGUUUUUAUGUCUAUAAUUUCUCUCACCAAGAAUUCAGCUGUUACUCAGCUCCCAGCAGGUUGUUCUGAUUGCUGGAGAGAUGUUUGGGAUUGAUUCUGGCUGUGACUUGUUUGAGUCCAGCCUCAUUCUUAUGUAGCUAGAUUGAAACAAUAGAAAUCAGCAAGAGACUGAAUUGUUCCUGUGUAACUAAACCUUCUUGUGCAACACCAAGCUAAACCUUGAAGGCAUUGAACAACCACAACUUUGAGAUCACUAAAGGCUCUAGAUACUGAGAGGCACUGAAGGUCACUACGAUGUUGGGAAUAGAAUGGUAGGAGAGAGAAAGAGAAAUGCUACAAGGAAAAAUCAACAAACAUUACAUCAGAAAAGACAGUGGUUGGUUUAUAAAACAAGAAAAUUCACUGCUGGAAUCAGAAUAUUUACCCUGGCAACCAAGAACAUUGGCCAUCAGGACAAGAGCAGCUCUGUAUCCUACAAACUUCCUCUCACUUUUAAUUUCCUUUUUCUCCUUCUGCUAAUACAGAACAAAUCCUGGCUUAUGGCCUUCCCGAAAAGUGAAAUUAAGAGGCAGAUUUGGGAGAGGAAGAGAGAGAUCCUGCUGGAUGAUCAACAGCUUUAUAGCCCACCACCUUUCAGUAGCAAGUGCCUGGUGUGUCCUUUCUUUCUUUUUUCUUUUUUUUUUUUUUUUUUAAUACAAAGACUAUUUGGCACUAAUAGUGUUCACAUUAAGACUUAAACAAUAAUAAUAAUAAAAAUUCCCUUCCUAAGAUUAAUAAUAAAAAAAUCUCUCGGUAAAAUGGAGAUUUUAGCAGACGGGCAGACGUCGUAGCCGCGUCCCUGCGGAUCAGCACCGCGGACAGCGGCACCUCCCGCGCCUCUCCCGGCCCGGCGUUUCGGGCAUCGCUGGAGGAGGAACUCCGCUUUAAAAGAAGGAACUCUACUUUCGAAGAAAGAAUUCAACUUUUGAAGGAAUCAUGCCCACACUGGUCAGGGCACUGCUGUCUCACCCUUCGUUCUUUUAUCCCAUUCUUUUUUCUAGUGUGAAAUCAUUAUCUGGUAUCUUGUUUUCAAAUGUUGGAGGAAGGAUAGUUUAAAACACAAAACAGUAAUUCCAAUUCCAGAGAGAGGACCAUUUUUCCUUCAGAAUUAAAUUCACUGCCCCACUUCUUUCUGGACUAGUGUUCUACUUAUGCAGACUCCAUCUCUAAUUUGGAUUGUUCCUGUCUUCUCAUCCAUUGGGACAGUUUGACAAAUGGAGAGCUACUAUACUGAUAGCCCUUCAGAAACAGAGUAUUUAUGUUAUUGGAAGCAUCAUGUGAUUCAUUUUUGGCCAUCAAUUACAUUUAGGGUAAAUGCUGGUAAAGGGUAAACAGAAAAAUUUCUUGAAAAAUUGCAAGUUAGGGACAUAUAAAGGACACUCAGGCCCCUAAAAGUUAUUUUCACAUCAAGCCACAGAAAAAGCCACAUUACUGUGUAGUGGAGAGUUGUCAGAAUCAUAGAAUCAUAGAAUGGUUUGGGCUGGAAGGGACCUUAAAGAUCACCUCGUUCUGCCCCCCUUGCCAUGGGCAGGGACAUGUUCCACCUGACCAGAUUGCUCCAACUUGGCCUUGAAGAGUCAGACAAAGAUGAAGAGCCAUGCAGGGAAGAGCAGGCAUCAAAAGACAAGUCUCCAAAUGGAGAAGCAGUUAUAUGUCACAUAGCAAAAAUGGCAGGCAUUUUGGUAUUCAGCUUGUUCCACCUGCAUACUUGGGAUUUCAUCCCACAUUUUCCCGAAUGAUAUUAAGGAAGAUAUAUCCUCAAAUUAAGGUCGGACAUCUCCUGGACCUGUUCAUCGUGGUGAGAAUUUGUUGGGCAGGAGCAUGCAGGCUCAUUACAUCCCUGAAAAAUUUAGUAUGAGGAAGAACAACCAGAAAAGUGGGCCAGAAAGUUGGGCUGUUCUCCCCACUCAACAUAUGCUGCUUUCUAGAAGCAGUUUCCUCUGUAUCCCACCUCCCACAUACUCCCCAGCUGUGACUGGCAGUUACUACAAUGGGACGUGGAUGGACACUCGGAGACAGUGAGGACUGGGAAGUGCCUAAGACACAAGGCCUCAAAACUUGUAAGUAACAGUACCAAAAAUAAGGAAUUAAUGCCGGACUUCUGAUGCUUAGGGCCAUCUGGAAGUCAGAAAGGAUGAGCUUGCAGGGGGUGGCAAAGAUUAUUUAAUGAGGGAAUUAGAGAACAAAUGGUGCUAAGAGGAGGGAGAAAAGAAGCCCAAUGGGACACAGGGAAAGGAAGGAAAUGGACAAGGACUUGAUUCCCAGUGAAGGAUCAGUGAUCAUGGGGGUACUGAAAGUCAGAUGUGAACUGUGGUGAAGCAGAGGACAGCCCUGGUUGGGGAAGAACUAUGUUUGUGAGGAAGGAGUCACUACAAAAUGAAGUGUGCUCAUCUAAAUGAGUCCUGAAAGUUCCUCCAAACCCUCAGCCCUACUGGGCUUCUCCUGGGCCCAAAUUCUCUGUUUCAAACCCCAUAAAUGUCAUAAUUUUAACCACAUUUAUUUUGCUCUCUGACAGCUCUGGUUACAGUACAAGCAGGCUAGAUUGUUUUAGUUCCCCUCACUCCCCCUGCUCUGCCCCCACAACCAGCCAAUUCCUUGUGUGAAGGAAAAUUGGCUUUCUUUUCUUUUCUUUUCUUUUUUUUUUUUUUUCCCAGAAGUGUCCAUUACAUUUUUAGCUAAACUGAAAGGCAAUUUUUUGCAUGAGAGCUUUGCAUAGAUAGGCUUACAGCAGAACAAAAAUUAAUAAAUAACUAUACUAAAUUACCUCCCCCUCCCCCACCCUGUCUUAAUGAAGUGCUGUUUUACAUAAGCUAUUUCAACAGAAAGGAAUUAUUUUUGGGCAGGCAAAUGAUCAGCAAUAUUUAGCUUUCCAAGAGUGUUGCAGCUCCCUCCAACUUUUCUGGGUCAGGCAAGGAGGCAAAGUUUUUCCAGGUAAAGAUUGAGGGCACAAAAACUGUGCACUUGCCUCUGGUAAUUUCUUCAGGACGUGUGUUGAAGCAGUAUUGUCCAUCAGUGGCUUGUGUGGCAGUGUGAUGGCGUUGGCAGAAAAAUCACUCUGAUUUCCUGUGCUGGCACUCCUGCCUCAAGAAGAAACAUGCAGCUUCCAGAAAUCUGCGAGGGUAGACUUAAUUUCCAGGAAACUUCUCCUCCCCCCAGCUGAACUGCCCUUCAGUGCUGCACUCAGGCUUGGCCUCCACAAGGUGCUGCUCCACAGCUCACUCUGGUAGGCGAGCUGGUACCGAGAGGAGGAUGGGGCUACAUCUCAGAGGAAAGAUAUUUUGAUGACAUUUUUGUUGUUACUAUUAUUUAAAACAGCUUAUUUUAAUCUCAGUUAAUGUCAUGGGAAGUCUGCAUGAGCAGAAAACAAAUCCUCUGAUGAUGUGAUGUUUGCUGAAUUGAUUUUUUUUUUUUUGGCAGACUUCUUUUUACAUGAGACACCAAUCCCUAUUUUCUUAGUUUGGGACUUCUUUUGCAUCUUUUGAAUCCUAUUUGCCAUUUUGCAACUGAGUUGAUGGUUCUCAACCUUUUCCAUCCUGCAGUCUCCCCUUCUCCAAAUCAAAACUCACCAUUUUCCCGAGCUGGGAACAAACCAGGUUACCAGGAGAACCUGGUGAGAGCAGGGAGGUCGUGAUCUCUGCAUGCCCAUUCCACCUCCACUGGCUCCAACUCAGAGGAUAAGGAACUCUUAUCUGAGUAUUGGCCAAGGUAGCGUCCCUGCUUCUCCUCUACCCGCCACAUCAUGUGCAUCAAGCACAUUGCUACCCUGGAAGGGGAUGACUGAUACAGUGUUAGUCAAACUUACAGGAAGACUUUUUAAAUUAAGGAUUUGCAGCGAGGUCAAGGGGCCUGUUAAAGUGCUGAGGUAUUUACCCUCCCCAGACCUUCCCUUCCUUCCUGCCCUACUUUGUCCCUUCCUCUCUCCCCAGCCUUGAAAUGAAACAGAAAAUUAUUUUUUUAAAACUGUGUCAAUAAUUUAUGUUUAGUAUAAAGGAUGAUUUAAUGGCAUCACCAAAGGUCAUUUUUUUCAUCUCCUUGUUACUGCCCCAGCCCCAGAGGCUGUACAUCCCCUCUUUCCCAUCUCUCUCUGCUGCCCUCCCUUUCAUUCACCUCACACACCCCCUCCCACCACCCCACCACAGCGUUCCACACACCACACACCUGCUUCAGGUUCAGCCAACGACCGUUGGAGAACAGAGAUUUCAAACCCAAACCUCCACUCCAGACCACCACAGACUGGACCCAUUUCCACCUUGAAAAUAGUCAGUUGCUGCAAAUGACAGGCAGACUCAUUUCUUGAAUUACGUAAGGUUUUUUUUAAAGCCUUUUAUACCUAUUUACGUGUGCGCGUGCGUGCACCGCGUGGACACAGUGGUAUCUGUGUGCACAGAUGCACACGAAUCUCUCUCUCAAAUAUAAAUAUAUUGUAUGUUAGAGCUGUAAAUAUUCCUUGGUCAUGUGUCUAUGUCUUCUUCAAAGUAUCAUAUCCUCAGUGUUAUGUUAACAAUUCCAUUUAUUGAUUGAUGAAACUGUGUGUAGACCUGUACCCUCCUGACAUAGUUUAUGUAGCUCUCUCUUCUCAAAUAAAGUACAAAACUACCACUA